AUGGUUAAAACCAUGAAUUUUGGGAAUGUGAUGGUUCUAGCUAUAGCAGUGGUAGCAGUAUCAACGAUUUUACAUACAACAGAAGCUGCAGAGUAUGUAGUAGGAGACGACUUGGGUUGGACUGUGCCGCCAGGCGGGGCAGCCAGUUACGCUUCGUGGGCCGCAAAGUAUAGAUUUGUAGUUAACGAUAUUCUAUACUUCAACUUUACAGAAGGAGAACAUACUGUGGCUUUAGUAACCAAGGAGAACUAUGAGAUUUGCAACACCACAGAUCCCUUGUUUAAACUCGAUGGACCAAGUGGACUUCAAUUUCUUUCGUCAGACACAUUUUACUUCACCUGCACCUUCACCGGCCACUGCGCUGGAGGCCAAAAGGUUGAGGUUUAUAUAGCUUCCUCUGCAAGUACUCCAAGUCCAAGUCCAGUUGUUGCUCCUCCUCCUGCUGCGUCCCUGCCCUUCACAUUUGUGUCCAAAAAACUUGGGUUCAGGAAAGUGUGA